UUACAAGAUCAUAACACUGUUGCAUGCUGAUUUUGUUCAGUGCAGAGAGAGAGAGAGAGAGAGAGAGAGAGAGAGAGAGAUUUGGGUGGCUUUUGUGAUCAAGGAGAAGCCAUUCAAAGUUAAAUUCAUUUUUUUCUUAAUCUAAAUCUUUUAAUAUUCUUCUCCACUAUCCACUUAAUCAAACUGGAAUUCAAAUUCAAGUCUCAAAACCAAACCUGGUAAUUUGUUAAUUCCAUUUAUGUUCUUGUUUUCUUCUCCUUAAUCUUUGUGUGUUUUUUUGUUUUUGUGAUCUGAAUCUGUUUUUUAAAGUUAUAAUCUUUACACAAAUUCUUCACACCCUUUUGAUGUUUUCCUUUGUUUGUCAUCAUAGAUUCACAACUUGCAUAUCUUGCCAUUUCAUGCUUUGCAACUUCUCUUUCACUCAGUUUAGAACUAGUAUUAGUUGACCCAAAUCUCAAAAACUAGUCUUUUUCACUUCACAAUCUUUACUUCUUCAUUGACCCUUUUGGUUAACUUGGAUUGAAAAAGUAGUGUGUGUUGGGUUUUGUGAUUGAUUACAAGGAUGGUUUCAAGAUCUUAUUCAAAUCUAGUAGAGUUAGCUUCUGGUGAACCUUCAUCAUUUGGUUUGAUGAAUAGGAGAAUUCCAAGGAUUAUGACUGUUGCUGGAGUGAUAUCUGAUGUUAUUGUUGAUGAUGAUCAAGUGGAGAGUGUUGCUUCGGAUAUCUCUUCGUCUUCGGUACACCGGGACCGGAUUAUAAUUGUGGCGAAUCAGCUUCCUAUUAAGGCUCACAAGAAUCAAGAUGGUGAUAGGAGUUUUUGGUCUUUUGAUUGGGAUGAAAAUUCACUUCUUCAAUUGAAAGAUGGAAUAGGGGAUGAUGAUAUUGAGAUUAUUUAUGUUGGAUGCUUAAAAGAAGAUGUUCAUCCAAAUGAACAAGAUGAGGUAUCAAUGAUGCUUCUUGAGAAUUACAAAUGUGUCCCUACUUUUCUUCCGCCGGAGAUGUUUACUAAGUACUAUCAUGGUUUUUGCAAACAACAAUUAUGGCCAUUGUUUCAUUACAUGUUGCCGUUAUCACCCGAGCUUGGUGGUAGGUUUAAUCGGUCUUUAUGGCAAGCUUAUGUAUCGGUUAAUAAGAUUUUUGCUGAUAGGAUUAUGGAAGUUAUUAACCCGGAAGAUGAUUUUGUUUGGAUACAUGAUUAUCAUCUUAUGGUGUUACCGACUUUCUUGAGGAAGAGGUUUAAUCGGGUGAAACUUGGAUUUUUCCUUCAUAGUCCAUUUCCUUCAUCGGAAAUUUACAAAACAUUGCCUAUUAGGGAGGAGCUAUUGAGAGCUUUACUUAAUUCGGAUUUGAUCGGGUUUCAUACGUUUGAUUAUGCACGGCAUUUCCUCUCGUGUUGUAGUCGGAUGCUAGGUCUUACCUACGAAUCCAAGCGGGGGUAUAUCGGAAUUGAGUAUUAUGGUAGGACUGUUAGUAUCAAGAUUCUUCCGGUUGGUAUACACAUGGGUCAGAUUCAAUCGGUUUUAAGGUUAAAAGAAACUGAGGAAAAAGUUUGCGAGCUGAUUCGACAGUUUUUGGAUCAAGGAAGGACAAUGUUGCUUGGUGUAGAUGAUAUGGAUAUAUUCAAGGGAAUAACUUUGAAGCUUUUGGCAAUGGAGCAGCUUCUCAUUCAGCAUCCAGAGUAUCGAGGAAAAGUGGUAUUAGUUCAGAUAGCGAAUCCUGCUAGGGGGCGAGGAAAAGAUGUGCAAGAAAUGCAAGAUGAGACGAAGGCAACGGUAAAACGGAUCAACGAAACGUUUAGGGAACCAGGGUACGAUCCUGUUAUUUUGAUUGACGAGCCAUUAAAGUUUUAUGAAAGAGUUGCUUAUUAUGUUGUUGCCGAGUGUUGUUUAGUCACUGCGGUAAGGGACGGAAUGAAUCUCAUACCGUACGAAUAUAUAGUCAGCCGUCAAGGAAAUGAAACUUUGGAUAAAGUUUUGAAGAUAGGUUCCUCCCCUAAGAAAAAGAGCAUGUUAGUUGUGUCUGAAUUCAUUGGUUGUUCACCGUCUUUAAGCGGCGCAAUCAGAGUGAACCCUUGGAACAUUGAUGCCGUGGCCGAUGCAAUGGAUUCUGCGUUAGGAAUGGCCGAUUCGGAAAAACAGCUUCGACAUGAAAAGCAUUAUAGAUAUGUUAGUACUCAUGAUGUCGGGUAUUGGGCGCGUAGCUUUUUACAGGAUUUGGAAAGGGCUUGUAGCGAUCAUGUACAACGAAGGUGGUGGGGAAUUGGGUUUGGAUUAAGUUUUAAAGUCGUAGCACUUGAUCCAAACUUUAGGAAGCUCUCAAUGGAUCACAUAGUUUCAGCUUACAAACGGACGGCAAAUAGAGCUAUCCUUCUAGACUACGACGGUACACUAAUGCCUCAGGUUUCCAUCGAUAAGAGUCCAACAGAUAAAACCAUUGAAAUUCUUAAUAGCUUGUGUAGAGAUAAGAACAACAUGGUAUUUCUUGUUAGUGCGAGAAGCCGAAAGAUACUCUCGGAAUGGUUUUCUCCUUGUGAGAAUAUAGGAAUCGCGGCUGAGCACGGUUACUUUCUGAGAAUGAAGCGAGACGACGAAUGGGAAACCUGUGUUCCUGCAACCGAUUGUAGUUGGAAACAAAUCGCAGAGCCUGUUAUGAAACUUUAUACCGAAACAACUGAUGGAUCCACCAUUGAAGAUAAAGAGACUGCACUUGUUUGGUGGUAUGAGGAUGCAGAUCCAGAUUUCGGAUCAUGCCAAGCUAAAGAACUUCUCGAUCAUCUCGAAAGCGUGCUGGCAAAUGAACCGGUGACUGUGAAAAGUGGCCAGAAUUAUGUCGAGGUUAAACCACAGGGUGUGAGCAAGGGAAUAGUGGCGAAACGUCUACUUUCAUCGAUGGAAGAAAAGGGAAUGUCACCUGACUUUGUUUUGUGCAUAGGAGACGACAGAUCCGACGAAGACAUGUUCGAGGUAAUCACGAGCUCGAUGAACGGUCCAAUAGCACCGAAAGCGGAAGUAUUUGCUUGCACGGUUUGUCGGAAACCGAGUAAGGCUAAGUACUAUCUUGAUGAUACUGCUGAAAUAGUGAGAUUGAUUCAAGGCUUAGCUUGUGUUUCAGAUCAGAAAGUCUUAAGCUAAGCUGAGGAAACUUGAUGGUGAAUUUGAAUUAUGGUUGAUUAUGCUCUUGAAUAUAUUUGAAAUUCCAUGUGAUGUAUGGAAGUUAUUACUCAGAAAACUUGUAUAUAUAUUUGGUUUCAGUUAUAAAUUCUGCUGUGAUGGUAAA